CGCGGUUCGUGCUCAGUGCUCAGUUUUCUCGGAACCGCGGCUCGUGACAGUAGUGUACACCGUCGUCCUGUACAGUAGUUCGCGAACGCACGCAGUACACGGAUGCGCCUUUGUUGUCGCGUGUAACGCCCGUUGACGCACGGGCAUUUGGUGGCGAGUUGAUUUGCGUGUUUAGGCCGGAUGAUCCACAGGAGGACGCUCAGUGCUUCGCGGACCAUCGGCAGCACCGGCAGCAGUUCCUCGUUGUCAGUUAGUGUUCCAUCUGCUCUUCUGUUCGGCCCCUCUAGUGCGGUAGUUUGUGCUCGGUGGCACAUUUACACGUUCUCUGACCCGGACAAGUCUUGAUAAGGAAGAGUGAUUUGGUUACGCUAUUAGUGCAAAGGUGAACCGGGAACCAGGAAAAAUGUUUAAUCGACUGCGAAUGCGUAAGGAGAAGCCGUCGAAAUCGGAAACGAUUUCCACCACCAAAACGGCCGUCAUACAGGAUGCAGCGAAGGAGAACAAGAACCUGAUCCUCGACAAUAGCCGCUGGGAGCGUCGCCUACAAAAGGAACUGAUGUCACUGAUCAAAGAACCGCCACCAGGGGUGUCGGUAGAUGAAGAUAGUGUCAGCCAAAACCUAACUCAGUGGAUCAUAAACAUCGAUGGUGUCGAGGGGACGCUCUAUGAGGGAGAACACUUUCAGUUGCUGUUCAAAUUCAACAACAAGUACCCGUUCGAUUCGCCGGAGGUGACGUUCAUAGGUUCCAAUAUUCCCGUCCAUCCGCACGUCUACUCCAAUGGACACAUCUGUCUAUCCAUCUUAACGGAUGAUUGGUCACCAGCGUUGUCAGUGCAAUCCGUGUGUCUUAGUAUAUCGUCGAUGCUGAGCAGCUGUCGAGAGAAGCGCCGGCCGCCAGACAAUGGGAUCUACGUAAAGACAUGCAACAAAAACCCGAAGAAAACGAAAUGGUGGUACCAUGACGAUUCCGUGUAGAAAGCCGAGUGCAAGUAGCAGUGAUCGGUUGCUUCAGCGUCGCGGUGCUCUGUAGGUAUCGUUAUUCGUAUUGUUAUCGCAGAGCACCGAAGUGUAGAUGAACGUAUCGAGGGUCGCUUUGCUGGAAAUAAGGCAGCGAACCCCCUUGACCUCCAGUUCCGAUGAAUCGAGUUGGUCAUUCUAUUUUUUUAAAACCCGAUUACGAUUGAUCACUGGCUUGACGGACGGGAGAAGGAUGUAAUACACAAUACUACCCCCAGCGAAGAAAAUGAACAGGUGGGAGGCAUUACGGUAGUAGUAGAUUCAGCGUAAUACACACACACACGAUUGAUGUCGAGCAGCAGAAGGGCAGCGAACGUGUGAUUGUUUCAAUCAUCUUGUGGAUUCCAUGCAGUAAAGCAAAUCAGCAGUCAGUCAGCCAGUCAGUCUCUUUUGUAGUAUUCGUAGCAUAAACUUCCUCAGACGAACAGUGUGUGUAUGCUUAAUUUAUUGUAUAAUCCCUUUCGCCCUAAUUAGUGGUUAUUAAUUUGGCAACCCAGUCUCGCACCGGUGACUAAUAUGGAUGCGGGCCACCAGCCAUGCCCAGUCAUUGAAUUAGGUUUACUUUUAUUUGUAGCGGAUAGUAGAGAGUGAUAGUGCUGUGUAGGUUAAAUGGUGAGUGUAUCACGCAAGACGAUUAAUUUGUUGAACAAAAUUCCCCCCCGAUUCCCUUUCGGGUCCUUCAGUACCGCCGCCGUAGUGUAGCAGUGAUACGACUAUGUAAAAAGCUCCUUAAUACUUAAUCGAUACCGUCGUCUAUCGUUGCGCGGUAUGAACGCCCUUGCGAGUAAGGAUGCUGCCGGGUUUGGAAACCAGUAGAACGGCCGCUAGUAGAACCCGGACAAGCACGCAUAAAAUGACUUAACCGUUAGGAUCAAAAAAACACACGAAGCAAAUAAUGUGUUCAUCAAUGUGUUUGGUUUCGGUAGAAGAGCGAUAGGAUGGUGGGCAUCCACGGGACGGCCAUUCAAACGGUACAUAGCAGAACAGUUUGGGCGACGUUUUUCUGCACAUCAUUUAUCGAAAUUAUUCUCGCAAACAUUCCCUGAACGAGUUUGCCCUCGAGACGACAACAGGACAGAGUAGCACUAUAGGAUAGCUCUCACAUCUUCUUAUCGGACUUAACCAAGUGGAGAAGCAAAUUUCGAAUUACAACGCCGCAGCCAACAAUAAGAGUGAAGGAUAGCAGGGUUGGGAAGGACGAAGGUUUAGUUAUCGUUGUCGAUCUUGAGAUAGUGAUUAGCAGACGGAAGGGGACAAAAUUUGUGUGCCAGGAAGGUCCUCACGGAAGACAGCUCAGCGACCAUAGAGUCGACAUUUUACCGAUUACAAUAAACCCACGUGUUUGGCUUACCGAUCAGCAAGCGAUCGGCCACGGCCUGAAAGCAUCCGUCAAUUUCGUAGUGAAGCGCUAAAGGCGAAACAGAUAUACAGCACACACGUGUAAGCACAUACGCCCGCCACCGCCUGAUUCUAAGCACUGAUAAUAAUGUAGAAAGAGAUUCACUCUACCUUCUCCUACCAAUCCAUCAUCGCUUCCGGAUGUUGGCCACCAGCGCUGCUGCGAGUGCGAGACGACGUGAUGUUGGUGGAGAUAAUGUUUUAAGGAUCUAAAUACAAUUGCAAGCAAUGUU